GUCUGACCAGGAGGAGCAGCGAGAUGCUGCAGAGGAGCUGGGAUGAGUCCAUCCUUCCCCAAUUAAGCUGGGUUGGCUUCUGAAAGGAAGGUGGCUCAUCUCUUAAUUUAUAUCCUCCUUGGGAUGGCCCGGGGGGUUGGCAAGGCCAGCGUUAACUCUUCGUAACCCUUGAAACAUUCCAUGCUGGGCCAAAUGCCGGGCGGGUGGAAGGAGACUCACUCCCAGCAGAGUCUCUGGCGUUGGUAUCUUGAUCCCUGCAUGCGAGCCGGUCUCUCUCCUGCCGUCGGGACAGAGGCUUUGCCUCUGGACGGGACAAUGCCUGCGGGCUGAGCUGGCUCGGCGAGGAACAGCAACACAGCCGCGAAGUGCACUCAGCGAAGGUAGAUUGCACCCGCUCAAGUCACCCCGGCCCCAGGGUAUUGGACUGAAAGCGACAAUGGAGUGGUGGGGUUUGGGGAGCUGGGAUGGGGUUAAAUCCUCCUCCUCCUCUCCCCGUCUGAAAGGGUUAACCGAAAAUCUUGGGGGGAAAAAAAAAGCCCAGGCUACUUGAAUGGAAAUUCCUGGACUUGAUUACACCCAGAUCUGCUGUGCAAAUCCCUCGGGGGCGGGGGGGAGACAGAAAGGGGAUUGCACAUAAAUUACAGGGUCGCAGCAGGGGUGGGCUGGGGUAACACGCUGAGCCGGCUGGUAACAGACUGCUAGUAAAGUGUGAGUGCGCCUGGCCAGCCAGGCUGCCCAGGCCUGUGUCUGUCUGGCGAGACGGCCGGAAAGGGGGGAUUCCUGGCCCUGGUGGAUGAGAUGGAGCCGGGAUUUACUGGGCUUGACUUGGUUCCAUGCUGCGGGUCAGGCAGGUUUCCCUCUCCCGGCUGUGCGAGGCAGCAAUGCUCAGCUGGCUUGAACUUCUCCCUUCCCCACAAUGCAGCUCGGGGCAGUCACCACGGCCCACCCUCCCAUUGUGGGCCCAGAGGAGGCAGUGCGGGGCAGCGCUCUCCCUCGGCCAGAUUUCCUCCCCCGAGCACUUUGCCUUCUCCCCCAUCUCUCCCUGAUUCGGGGGCAGACCCUGGAAAACCUGUGCAGCGGUUCCCGAGAAGUCACUGCAGCUCCCCCUGCCCUGUGGACUGCUGGCAGGAUCAGGCCCUCAGUUCCCGGUGCCAGAUAAAGAGGAGAGGAAGAGAUGGGUGGAAGCCCCUGUUAGGCACCCAAACCCCUUUGGCCCUAGGAGGUGGGGGUGCUGGAUUGAGCCCUCAGGGUGACAGGUAGCUGGACGUUGGAAGGGGCCCAUUUUUCAGGCCAGGCCCUAAAGUGGCUUUGGAUGGGAAGCUAGAAGGUGGCUUGGGGCCGUACAGCCCAAGGCUGGGGCCUGCCUAGCACCGGUGCCGGCUGCUCCCCGGAACCGACAGCUCGCUGCGUGUGGCAGCCUCGGCUAAGCGGAGAGCAGGUCACUUCCCCAGAGCUGUGCGCCCUGCUCCAUGUAGACACAUCUUCCGUAAACUCUGGAGCCAGCCCAGCCUCGGGGAGCAGGGGCUGGAGGGCUUUCCCCUCUGCUUCUGUCUCCCCCUAGCACAGCCUGGGGCUGAAUCAGAGAGAAAAUCCCCCUUACGUCACCUGCCCCAUCCCCGGUGCCUAUGCCGUGGCCUGCAUGGGACUCAGCAACUGGGCUCCCCCAUGCCACAGCCUCUAAUGCUUCCUGGCUCUGCUCGAUUUCCUUUGCCAUCCUCUGCCCCAGGCUUGGCCCUCGCACCCCAGUACCCCUCAUCCCGCUUGGGGUUCCCACAGCCCUCAGACCAGCUAUUUGGACGCCUAGUUGAGAGCUUAAAUCUCUCUGGUGUUAGAAAGCUCCUGCUCCUCUUGGGAGAUUUGGGUGACAUGUUAGGGAAACCUUUCUAACUUGCGGGGCUGCAGGAUCCCCAUCAUUGGAGGGGUUCACGAACAGGUUGGAUGGACACCUGUCAGGGAUGGCCUAGGUUCACCCGGUCCUGCCUCAGCGCCGGGGGGUUGGGGGGCUGGAUGGCUCGAGGGCCCAUCCAGCCCUCUGUUUUUAGGAUUCUUGUCUGACCCAUGUAGUCAAAUAAGGGAGGUGUCUGCCUGGGUCACUCGCCCAGCUCUGGGUGGAGCACGGCAGCUGGUUCACAGCAAUGCUGCUGGCCAGCGGGCAACUGCAGACUGCGAUUACAGGGCUGUAGUGGAAGGAGGGGCUGGGAUUUUGGCCAGACACCAGCUCUGCAGGAAGAGUCUGGAGUCUUUAAUGCGCACACGUGCUCAGCCGGCCUCUGCUGCCCCGCAGCAGCAACCCCCCGAGGGCUUCAUAGCCCCGGCCUGAGCCAGCCGUGCCUCCUGCACCCCAGAGCAGCAGAGUCUGGGCCGACACAGGAGAGUGCUCCAUGCGCAGCUCCCAUCCCACUCCCCAAAGCCAGCGCUGACGGAGACUCCUGCUGGAAAAUCCUAGAGGUUUCUAGCACGUGUCCCCCUUAACUAGCAGCCACAGGGCCUGUCAUCUCCGCGCCACGGCUGCCAGCUGGACACGCUCCCCUCCAAGUUCAGCUCUGAGUGGAUGCUGCUUAGCUCAAGAUCUACCAGAGCCCAGAGUGAGCGGGUAGGUCAGGGCCAUGGGGAAUCUCCAUCAUGCUCCGGCUGUGGGGCAGGUAGGAGCCCCGGGGCUGGCGCUCAGCUGCUCCCACUUGUGCUGGCGUUCCGGGACUGCCGAGGGAAAGGUCAGCGAAGGAGGAAGAAGAAUUUGGGGGCGGAGGGGAAGAGCAGCCGUCUGGUUCCCGGCUUAGGCCUGCCGCGUAUGGAACGGGCUGCGGCAGGGGGAUUGCACGCAGCGUCACAGGCCCUGGGGAUAAAUCAGCACUGGCGCUGACAGGAGAGCGCCCGGCGCCGUCUGGGACUGGGGCCGGGCAAGCACAUUCCUUCCACUCCUUCCUCCAGCGGCCGUGCCAAUGGCGAGCAGGGCGGCGAAGCCAGGCCCUGCCAGGCUGGAGGGGAAACACCCCUGAGGGGAGGGGGUUGUCUGGACACCUGGGUUCUAGUCCUGGCUCUAGAGGGAAUGGGUGGAAGAGAGGGAGUCAGGACACCUGGGUUCUCUUCCCAGCACCAAAGGGAAGUGGGGUCUAGUGGUUCCUAGUCUGUGACUUCCCCCCUCCUCAAUCUUUCACAGGGCUCUGGUUUUCAGAGCCCAGCCUUGCCCCUGCUGCUGCCUCCCCCCACCAGCCCCACCGCAUUUAGCGCUGCCAUUAACAAUAAAGCAUUUUGAACCCCUGAAAAACUAGACCCAGGUGAGGAAGAGGGACACUCUGUGGGAGUGAGGCUCUGUUAGGUAAUGAGGGGAUUGUACUUUGACUAGACGUCCCCUCGGGGCUGACUCCUGGGAGACCACUCUCCCCGUGGCUGGCCCAAAAGCCGGUGGAACUUACUGCUACUAGAUCCAGGCCCGGCCGCGGGCCUCACCUUGUACAGAGCCACAAGCGGAAUUCAGCGCAUCCCAGCCCUCUCUGACACCUUGGAGCCAAAGAGAUGCUGAAGUCGCAAGUCAUCAUCUUCGUGAUAGGAGGCCCAGGCUCCGGCAAAGGGACACAGUGUGAGAGGCUGGCUGCCAAGUACCAGUUCCAGCACCUGGGCAUGGGGAACCUGCUGCGGGCAGAGGCCAGCGAGCCCACGCGCCAGGGGCGACAAAUCAAGGACAUCAUGCUGAAAGGAGCACUCGUGCCUUCAGGCUUCGUCCUCAACCUGCUGAACGCCAACCUGCUGCAGAGAGAGGAGGCGAAGGGCUUCCUGGUCAAUGGCUUCCCCCGGGAGCUCAACCAGGCCAAGGACUUUGAGCGUGUGGUGGGGCGUCCUCCCAACAUCGUGAUCGUCUUGGACUGCUCAACGGAGACCAUGAUCCAGCGGCUGCUGCUGCGGGGCCAGACUGGCCAUCGGGCCGAUGACCAUGAGAGCUGCAUCCGCCAGCGGCUGGAGACUCACUACUCGCUGUGCGAGCCCGUCAUCAGCUACUACCAGCAGAAGAGCCUGCUCAGAAAUAUUCUAGGUGAGGAGCCGGAAGACGCCAUCUUCGCAAAGUGCUGCUCUGUCCUCGACAGCCUCCGUUAGGCCAGGUGCCUGCUGCCCUGCCCGGGGCCGGGACUGUGUUCAAAUAAAGGUUCAGCUUUGGGCCCUGACCUUACACCUGCCCUACCCUGACAGCCCUCAGCACCUGCCCCACCCAUGGGGCUAGGGCAUGAGCGCCCUCUGCUGCCCAGAGCUGACCCCACAUGCUUAAGUCAAUGGUCCAGGUCCCUUUGGACCUCCCCAGCCAGCGGCAGCAGCUGCAGAUAGUCCACAAGCAGCCAAGAUGCCGCACAGCUAGAGAGGCAGGGGCCCAGCUGCACACAGCCGGCCAGCAGGAAGCCAGCAGACAAGGGAAGUAUCUGACAAGCAGGGUAGCUGGGCAAGGCGGGUCUGGCCUAGGGCAAAGAGCAAAUGACUCCGGGAGCCUCCUUACCCCAGGGGAGGGGAGAUGGCUACAGCUCCACCACCCCUCCCCCCAAGCUGCUUUGAGUGAGUGCAGUUCCCUGCUCUGCCUUCUAGAGCAGCCCAUUAGCUCACCAGCCUCCUGGCCUAACCCCCACCUCCCUAACUCACUGGGGCAGUAGCUCCACCCCCCAGCCCCGAAUCAGACCUGGGCCUUUCCCCAGCAGCCCCCUUUAGAGCAGCAGGACUGCAUGACAGAAGGGCAGGGACAAGACAGCCGGGCUGGAGUGCAGGGAGGGUUCUGAGGGGCCAAGGAGCAGCCAAGAUCACAUCCAUCGAAACACCCAGCUUAUUACCAAAAGUCCUUUUGUUUUUCCAAUCCAUGAAUUCAGACCCAGCUACAUGUGAGUGAGGAGCGCCCCGGCCAGACACCAGUUCUGUAGAGGUCAGCUUCGAAAGAAACCUGCUUUCCACACACAUCGCACACGGGUCACACAAAGCCGAGUCUUAAAAGCCAACAGCAAGGGGGGGAGCGGAGAGAGACACUCAGCACAAGUCCCAGGUUAAGGAAAAAAUACAGGAGAGUCUCAUCUUAUGUUGGGUUACAUUCUGCUGUCAGCAUGUAAAGCGAAAAUCCCCUAUAGUCAAAAUUACAUAGAGUGUAAUGGCAGGUGGAACCGCCCACACCACAGGUAGUAUUUAAAUUUGUUGUUUUUGCUGACUGCGCAAAGCUGAAUUUGUGCAUGUUUAAUGUGCGUAAGAUGAGACUUGCCUGUACACCAGCAGCAGGUUGGCUCUGCCUAUGGGCUGAGCACCUGGGGAGAGCUGGAAUGCAAGGCCCCCCACAAGGAUAAUGGCCCUCCUGCCCAGGGUAGGGUUAGUCUCCCAUGGAGUGGGAAUGCUCACCCACUCCAGGGGGGACAUUUAGCUACUAGGGGCUUGGCAAAAGCCCCACAUCCGCAUCAGUCUGAAAUUGGGCUUUGUGCCAUGCUCUCCCCUGAAGCUGGCUGGGCAGAACAGGGAGGCUAGCAGAUGUGACACAGGAACUGGUUUAGGGAAGGCUUCCCUGUGUCACCCCAAGCCAGGGACUGUCCAGCGGGUGGAUGGAAAAGAACCUUUCUAAAGCUGCUUUUGAUAGCCAGCGCUCUCCAGCCCUUGCUGUCUUACCCUGACCCUCCAGAGCGAGUUGGGGGAAGCAACGGGUCCCCCUCACACUCAUCUGCCUGGACAGCCUGCUGCACCAGCCAGAGAGUCCGAGCCGGAGGAGGUUCAUCUGUCCAUAAGCAGAGGAGGGUCCAGGGCUUAGGGCAUGAGCCUAGGACUGGGGAAAACCAGGUGCAAGGUCUGACCCCCAAGGAAUCUGGGCAAGUCACAGUCUGUGCCUCCAGUGGGGAUCAGAGCUCUGCCCUGCUGCCCAAACAUGGAUGGGUGGGAGGCGCUCAGGCCUUACCUAGGCAGGUCCAUUCCCACUGCAGAGGUGAAACUACAGCCCCUUAGGAUUGCUCAAAGACCAGAGGUGUUGAAUGGAUUGAGCACAGCUCCACCUGUUCCUCAGAAUGGUCAGCAGAAGCAAUUCCUUACCCCACAAGGUACCCUCAGCUCAACAGACCAGAUACCCUGCUGAGGGGCAGCGGCAUAAAGCCCCCCGUAACGGGCACUAUCCGGGGCGCAGCGUACCACCAGUUGCUCGGUUCGGAAACAGUGCAGCAGAGUUGGUUUCAAAACAAAAAGAGCAUUUUAUUUAACAAAGCACAAUUGCCUGCUCAAACUAUAAAAAACCACAGGAGCUCUUAGUUCAUCAGGUUUUACAACAGCUAUAUCAUGAGAACAAUCCGCUUCAAAACCCUAUGGACAGACAGACGCCACCCAACAGACACAGGGAGGUUUUGUUAUCAUUUAUUUGUGAAGUUAAAAACAAGCGGUAAAAAGUAAAAACUGAGCGUACAA